CGUCGCGAAGGAAGUGGUGAACGCAAUCAGUACGCGUCAUCGUUUAUUAGCGAUGUUACCAGGCAAGGAUACGCGGGUGUACCUAGCGGUCGUACGCCUCGCGACGUGUCAGUCCAAUCGCGUCGAGCGACCGAGUUCGACGCACUGCGUGCACCCUUCCACAUGACAAGAGUCCUUCUAGAUGCAGGUCCACGAAAACGGUGUCGCACGAGACAGUCAGACUAAUCAUUCGCGAUUGACCGCCAUGGCCAGCACGAGGGACCUGACAGAGAUGACCGCGGAGCAGCUGCAGGAGUUCCUGGAUUCGUUCGACGUUGUCCUAUCGGAUUGCGAUGGUGUCCUAUGGCGCCUCCAGGACCCGAUCCCUGGCGCGAUGCAGACGGUAAACAGGUUAAAGGAGCUGGGGAAGAAGGUGUAUCUUGUGACGAACAACAGCACGAUAGGCAUCGAUCAAUACUGUGAGAAAAUGGGUGAAGGUGGCUUGAAAGUAAAACCAGAUGAUAUAAUAAACACGGCGAAAGUGAUCAGCUGGUACUUGAAGAAGAUCAAUUUUCGCGACGAAGUAUUCUUGAUCGCCACCACACCGUUUCGACAGAUUUUACUCGAGAAUGGCAUCAAACUGGGGCCCGAAAACCUAGAAGUGACAGAAUGGGACCAGGCGGCGACGGUAAAGACAGUACUGGGUCUGCCUUCGAUCAAAGCAGUGAUCGUUGAUUUUUCUAUAUUUUUUGACUGGGCGAAAUUAGCUUUCGCAAUUUCCUGUCUGAAAAGGAAGGACGUUCUGUACCUGACCGGUGCUCAGGACGAGUGGAUCAUUUGUGGGCACAAUAUAAGGGUCUUAGGAUCUGGUCCUCUGAUCGAUAUAAUUACCACGAAAAGUGGGCGAACGCCAAUCCAAUGCGCGAAACCUAGCGAAGUUCUGAAAGAAUACGUCCUAAAGAACUGCGAAGUGAAGGACCCGAAACGAUGUUUAAUCAUCGGCGAUACGAUACAGCACGAUAUGAAAUUCGGAACAUUGUGCGGAUUUACGAAGCUCUUCGUCGACACAGGCCUCGACAAAAUAGAAGAAGCGACGCAGAAUCAGGAAGUGCGACCAGACUUUUAUAUUCCUAGUUUAGGGAUGCUGUGCCCUAUUCUCGAUUCUCUGCAGAACCCCACUGUGAACGGGAUACACAGUUAACGACGACGCGAUAGUUAAGAACUAAUACAAAUUACUGAAAGUUAUAGAUCGAGUGAAAACGAAUAUAUGAGAUUGAGAAAAAAGUCUACGCAGAAAUUCAAGUUUCGUUUAUUCAUGGAUCGCUAUUCUUCAUUAUCGAAUGUUUUCGGUAAACGUAAAGAAAUGUUACUGUUAGGAAGUAUAUUAACGAACGAAUUUCCGUAGAUAGUUUCUUGCCAAUCUUGUACACGAGAACUGGUUGUGCCUGGGUGAGGUCUUUUCCGAGCAUCAAAACUGGUUUACUCAAGUUGAACUCGAAAAUUACAUGUCUUCCUUUUCAAAAGAAAUCUUAUUCCUAUAAAUGGACGACUCGUCCGAUGAGAAAAGGAAUUUUACAAAUUGAACAGUACCGAAACUGUUUUUUGAAUCGAGAAAAUGAAAUGGAAGUUCAAGUUGGUUUAUGCUUUACUAGUGAGACUAAUGCUACAAAUACUACAAAAUUAAAUACGUUCUAAACCAGCAAAGGAAUAAACUUCAUUCUGCUCGAGUAACUUUUGCGCACGAAAGAGGCUCCGAGGCGUUCACGUGUUCAUUUGGUAUUCUCAGAUCAAUUUAGAAUAAAUAAAAUGAAACGUUAAACAGAAUAUUGUCUUUCAAAUGUAGAGUGCCUACAUAUGAUCAAUAAAUAUUUACAGAAAUAAUUUUACUAAUUAAACAAAAAGACAAUAGUAUUAAUUAUGUUCCAAAGUUAAAUACAAAUUAUUU